ACGGCGCUGAAAGGGUGUGUCAGUGGUACACCCAAGAAGUUCAUGUCUUUUGAAGAGAAAGAGGCGAUGAAGAGGCGAAAGGUAUGAGUGCAUUCCGUCUUUUGUGCUCCCCUCUAAUGCAUAUUUAGAGGUAGGCUGGUUUGGGGAGGCUGACAGAGGCUAUGGAGACGCUUCCAGAGGAAUACAGAGUCACGGAUCCUACCUGCCACCCGCCUGUCUUCCAAUACGGCUUUGGUCUCACCUUCCAGCAGCUUCUUGAUUAUGCACUUCAGCACAACCUUGUUACGGUACCCGAGAACCCAGAGAAUGACGAUCCCGAGGACAUCAGAGGGAUUCUCCUUGUGCGACGUAACUCAAUAUCUUCAACGUCUUUGUCGCUUGCCACUCAGAUACGUGAAUCCCGUGUCGCUCGACUAUGAUGUCGUCAUUGCGAUGUACUCCAACUACACGAAGGAGGAUGAGGGGCUCAGGGACGAGGAUCACGCUGAAGUCGUGCGUCAGAUGAGUGAGGAGCUCGGUUGCCCAAAGGGUCCCAUGUGGUAUCGGGACUCUCGUUAAGCGCCAUUGGUCAGUAUAUUCGUCAUCACGAUGG